AUGUCGAGCUCAAGCGCCAGUGACACGUUCUACCAAGACCUCCAAAAGGGCUUAGAAAUCCUCGUAUUCGAACGCCUCCCACACUUCAAAAUGCACCACUACCUCUGCUUCUACCAUCGCAGCCCAAGCGCCGAUUACAUCUCCGGAUGGGGCUGCUGGUGCGAAAAGGUCGAAACACAUCCCCACGACUACAAAUUCUGUAAAGAUAAAACACGAAGAGGUCUUUUCCCAGACAUCAUUAACCCUGGUGCCUACAUUGAAAAAUGUGGACAUCAGACUUCUGAGGAACGUGGAAGAUAUUCCCACCGAUUCUUUUGCUUCAAACUUACCGAUUCCGUGUCGAUCUUGAUAGAUUGGCUUUUGAACUCGAGGGCCAGUCCAUCUGACUGGAAAGGUGUCAACGAGGAUGUCAUACGGCGGAACUUGCGCAAGUACGAGAAAGAAUGGUAUAUCCUACCCCUGGAACGAAAAUUUGAAAAAGUUAAUGUGCUGUGUGGAUUGGCGAGCCUACGAAACGGCAUCCCAAAACAGGCGCGACAGUCUAAUGUCUCGUGGGAGGCAGAGAGAUUGAUUUACAUACUGGGUUGGGAAGACAUGGAUUUUAAAAAAUAG